AUGGCGAAAACGAGGCAUGGCCCAGGUACAAGGGACGUUGAUUCUUACACCAUCAGAGGAACCAACAAAGUUGUUCGAGCUGGGGAUUGUGUCUUGAUGAGACCAUCUGAACAUGACUCAGCCCCUUAUGUGGCGCGUAUCGAGAAAAUCGAGACUGAUAACCGUAACAGUGUGAAAGCUCGGGUGAGAUGGUACUAUAGGCCAGAGGAGGCUGCCGGAGGAAGGAGACAGUUCCAUGGAGCUAAGGAAUUGUUCUUGUCCGAUCACUAUGACAUUCAGAGUGCCCACACCAUUGAGGGAAAGUGCAUCGUGCACUCGUUCAAAAAUUAUACAAAGCUGGAGAAUGUGGGUCCCGAUGAUUACUACUGCCGUUUUGAGUACAAACCUGCUUCUGGAAACUUCCUUCCGGAUCGAGUGGCGGUGUACUGCAAAUGUGAAAUGCCUUAUAAUCCAGAUGAUCUGAUGAUUCAGUGUGAAGAAUGCAAAGACUGGUAUCAUCCUGCUUGUGUGGAUUUGACCAUAGAGCAAGCAAAACAGUUGGACCAUUUUGUUUGCUCCGAACAUGGAUCUGACGAGGAAACAAAGAAUCCCCAUGAAAACCCACUCUCAAGUGGCAGAGCAACCCACAAGCGCCGAAAGAAGUAA